AUGAAGGUGAACAUCCUAAAGACCACCAUUGUGAGGCCUAGUGACAAAGACGAGGCAAACCCUGAUCAUCAUGGUCGUCGUCGAUUGUGGCUGUCCAAUCUGGACCUCGUACACGGUAGGGUCCACGAGUCGACGGUUUACCUCUACAAGCCGUCGGAGAGAAAUUACUUCGACCUCGAGCUGCUGAAAGAGGCCCUGAGUCGGGCACUCGUCCCCUUCCAUCCCCUGGCCGGACGGCUGGCCAGGGACGAGAAGGGGAGGAUCGAGGUGGACUGCAACGGAGAAGGCGUGUCGUUUUUGGAAGCCGAGUCAGAUGCUUCGUUGGACGAGCUUGGCGAGUUCAUGCCUGGAGAUGAGCUACUCAAGUUGGUGCCUAGGGUUGAUUACUCAAAUCAUGAGAUCUCUUCUUGCCCUUUGGUGCUUCUUCAGGUGACGAGGUUCAAGUGUGGCGGAUUGAGCCUUGGGACAGCAAUCCACCACAGCGUGGCCGAUGGUGAAUCGGCUCUGAGCUUUAUCAAAACAUGGUCCAACCUGGCUCGCGGCCUUCCCGCAGCGGUCACGCCGUUUAUGGACCACACCAUUCUUCGAGCCAGGAACCCACCCACCCCAAAGUUUCAUCACUCCGAGUACGACCCGGCCCCAACCCUGAUCAACAACCCUAACCAACCCGGAAACCGCACCACCAUGGCCAUCUUCCGGUUCGAACCGGACCAACUCAACGCCCUGAAAAAGCUGGCAAACCCAACCGGCACAGCUAGUAAAAUACGGUAUGAGUAUUUUACAUUAUUAUCCCACAUCUGGCGCUGCGCGAGCAAGGCCCGCGGCGGCCUUGCUCCCGACCAGCCGACCAGGCUCCACAUGGCGGUGGACGGCCGGUCGAGGCUGACGAGCCCGCCGGUCCCUUCUUCCUACUUCGGCAACGUGAUCUUCCAUGCCGCUCCCGUCGCCACGGUCGGCGAGCUAACUACGGAGCCACUGGUUCGAACCCUGGAGAGGAUUCGAGAUGCCAUCGACAAGAUGGACGACAGCUACCUGAGGUCGGCGAUCGAUUACUUGGAGGACCCCGACGACGGCGACGACCCGGCGAGCGUGAUGCAGGUUGGGGGCACGUGCCGGUCGCCGAACCUGAAGAUCGUCAGCUGGGUCCGGCUGCCGUUGGAGUGUGCCGAUUUCGGGUUUGGGAAGCCGCUGUGUUGCCGUCCGGCGGGGUUGUUCGAAGGAUAUGGGAACCUUCUUCCUGGGAGUGGUGAGGAUGGGAGUCUUGUUCUUGCGAUUUGUCUUGAGGCGGAAGCUAUGGCGGCGUUUCGGAAGCUGGUUCAUGGUGUUGAUGUGUAG